UCUGUCUACCCUAGAUCUAGUUUGCAUUGGACUGAGCUAUUCACUCUAUAAACAACCAGUUUAUCUUCUCUGGAGGAGAAACAAGAUCUGCUUUCCAUGUUGCAGUGAAAAAAUCCUGUUUGUCCUUGUCUGUGGGCAUUGAGGAAGUUCUAUUUUAAGUAAGCUUUCCAAAUUACUGAAUUUUUAAAUGGAUUUAUCUUUUUCACAGUCAUAGCCUAUAUUGCCUAUCUCUUUUUCUUAAUGUUUUGUGCUGCUAGUAAAGUAGGAAUUCUUAAUGUUGCCAUAAUACAAUGUCAUUGCUACAAGGUGUUGCUAGAAAAGACAUUCACAAAGUGUGUGUAUUGAAAUACGUGCUUGAUUAUCAGAAAAGUUCAUGUGCCCAACUUUUACUAUGUAAAGCCAAAAAGGUAACUUCCAGUCUUUGCAGAAUGUUGGAAAAUACCUGAGCAUGUCAUCACAAAGUGUUUUUUAUGGUUACCUUGUCAAAUCAUUUUAUUUUUAGAAGUUACAUAUGACAGCCUUGUCAGGGUUUGAAGCUGUAUUCUUCCAAUGAUAAUUUCGGUUUCAUUUUUAUGAACAUCUCUUCCAUUUUGGCCAAUUCACCAAAACAGUGAAUUGACCUGCAUUCAACAUUCAUGUAAUAUGUGGAUACUCUGACAAAAGUACAAAGUUUUUAAAACUAAAACAUCUCUCUGUUAUCUGUAUGCCAAAAUAAUGCUGUAAAGCAAGGCAUUGAAAAUGAGCCGGUCUUGCUCUUUACUUAAGACUGUUACCAGGGGAUUACAAUUAAUGUCUCUAAAAGCUGCCUUGGUGCAUUAAUAGGGGAGCGUCAUUUCUGUCAGUAACUGGAUAUUUCUCAUGUGUUGCAGUAGCUGGGAGAAGGAGCCCUGAGAUGGCUGCUUGCAAGGACUGCUAGCCUGUGAACUGAAAGUAUGACCAGUAAUCUGAUCCAGUAUGCAAAGACUGAGAUACGUGAGUCAACUUGUCUUACCUAAGAACUCUGGACUCUUUUUUUUUGUGGGUGCAUAGCAACAAGUGCUUUUGUUAUUUGUUUUACUGUACGUCAUUUUUCUUAUCACAGUCUUUAUCCACAUAUAUCACCUUAAAUUGGCUGCAAGUCAUGGAAUGCUAACAAUACAGCAAAGACUAUGCACAGCAGCUCUGUCUGCAAUAGUUACUAACACUGGCUUAUUUCUUCAAGACUUAUCAAAUAGAUUUAUCAUGGCCGAGGUUUUCAAAAAUAAAAAUAAUAAAAAAACACCUCGAGCUCAUAUUCAGGCACAGAAAAGGCACUGUUUCAAAAGCUCUCAAGAUUUUCAAGAGGUUCCUGCACUGGGCUUAUUCAUCAAACCACUUUUCUAAAAACCCAAGUAGUUGCUUACGUAGAGAUUUAGGAUAUUCAGUUGAAGUAGGCUUAUCUGGGAAUCUUGGUUUACGUGUCCAGGGAUCACUGAAAGUAGAGUGGGCUUUGGGAGACAUUCGGGCUUCUUUGGUAAAAUAAAUUACUAUCAAAUUAUUUUAAGGUUUGUAAAAUUCUCAUUGUAAUUAUAAUAUUUAGUAUGUUACACUCAAGGUGUUCUGAUCUGUAGAACCCCUAGAAGAUAUGCUUAUUAGAUGAGAAAUUUUAUGCCAGAGUGGACUUUUCUGAGAUAGUUUUAUAACUCUGCUUCUCCCUCCCAUGCAGUUCCUGUGUCUCACCUCUUUUGUCACCGUGAAGCUGUUGCUUACCUUGGCUUACUCACUCAAGGGUGGCUUUUUUACUAUACUGAAUUCUAUUAAAUCCCCUUGAGAUCCUUUUUAGACUUCCCUUUGUUUUCCUCCCCGCAGGGCAGGUAAUGUAUCAGAGCCAGCUCAAUGUUUAACUAAUGUCUCACAGAGCGGGAGAAAAAAGGGAAGGGAGAGUACGUCACGCAGGAGGAGGGUCGCGGAGAAAAAUGAGCUUGCCUGAACUCCUCACGUGCAGAGAGACAGACUGCCAGGGAUCAGGUUCUUCUCAGCGGGGGCUCAUCUCUCCUGCCGGCUGGCCGUGAUGCAGGAGGCAGCUGGAGUCCUGAAGGAGGGCUUCCUCGUCAAACGGGGACAUGUCGUUCAUAACUGGAAAGUAAGGUGGUUCGUUCUGCUUCAGGAUAAGCUCCUGUACUAUAAAUUUGAAGGAGGCAAGAAGGAGUCUUCUCCAAAGGGCAGGAUCCUCUUGGAUGGCUGCACUAUUACUUGUCCAUGCUUGGAAUAUGAGAACAGACCGCUACUCAUCAAACUAAGGACAAAAACCAACACAGACUAUUUCCUUGAAUGUUGCUCCAGAGAGGAGCGAGAUUCUUGGGCUUUGGACAUCACUGGAGCCAUUCAUGCUGGUCACCCAGUGCAGGUGCAAGAGCUUCACAGAAUGAAGAAUUCUUUCAAACUGCUGGAGAAUAUCAGCCUGCACCACAUAGUGGAUAAAAUGCGUGACAGCAGUACUGGAAUUAAGCUGACCCGCAACUUGGAGCAAGGCAACAGAUACAAAGAGACCUUCACAGGCUCUGCCCUGGUGGACUGGCUCAUCUCCAACAACUUUGCUGUGUCACGGUUUGAGGCCGUCACCUUGGCCUCCAUGUUGAUGGAGGAGAACUUCACCAAGCCCGUGGGAACCCGCAGCAUUGAGGCCAUGCGCUACAGCGACCUCUCGGAGCAGUUCCUCGACGACUCCACCGCGCUGUACAUGUUUGCUGAGAGCAGUAAGAAAAUGCUCAGCUCCAAGGAAGAGCUACAAUUUAACAUCUCUGAAUUAAGUGGCAUGAUCGUGAAGCAAGGAUUCUUAGUGAAACAGGGACACAAGAGGAAAAACUGGAAGGUGAGGAAAUUUGUUUUGAGAGCUGAGCCCGCUUUCUUGCACUACUAUGACCCCACUAAGGAAGAAAACAAGCCAGUAGGUGGAUUUUCUCUUCGUGGCUGUCUUGUCUCAGCUCUGGAGGACAAUGGAGUCCCAGCAGGAGUGAAGGGCAAUGUACAAGGCAACCUUUUCAAAAUCAUCACCAAAAAUGACAUUCAUUAUUAUAUCCAGGCCAGCUCCAAGGCAGAGCGAACACAAUGGAUUGAGGCAAUCAAACCACUGACAUGAGUAAGGUGGACUCAGUGGCAAAGGAAAAGUCACACUUGUGACCUAGUUUCCUAUUCCCUUUGUCUGGCUUUUUUUUUUUUUUCACUUUGGCAUUUUAUUUUUGUUAUUUGUAUUUCCAUAACACCUAGCAAAUUCCUGACAGACCAGAAUUGUAGGUGCUUAGGAGUCACGCAGAUCUGGAAUAAUUCUCCACCAGGAAUUUACCGUCUAACCAAGAGACAAAGGACGACAGGUGGAUACAGACAAAUGAUGUUUUACAAGGAAACAAUGAGAUACACUAUUCCAAGAUGGAAGAAAAAGGAAUCUCUUGUACAAGUAUUCAGUCUAUAUCUGACAGAUCCAGGUUGUGCUUUAUUCUAAAGCAGAAAUGUCUUCCUCCUUUCCCCUUUAUAAAGGGGCUCAUAAACUUAGUUAUUUCACGUGGAUUGAAUCAAGGUGUGUGAACAGCGUCAUAGUCUGAAAGGUCCUGGUGUCUGAGACUGCCUGAUAUGCUGUGAAAGAAUUCUGUGCUAAGUCACAAUUACGUGCUGGGAUAAUUGCUACUGGGAAACAGACUGGGGGGCUCUUUGUCCAUCUGUCUGCUCUACUGUUUGCCUCUCUGUUAUGCCAGAAAAGACCAAAGGAUUUUCAUCUCCAGUACAUACAUUAUUCUUGUGCUGUUAAUAACCCAUGGUAUUACAUGAUCCUGAGUAUCAGAUCAGUGGCAGGGCAGUUAUUCCAGACAAUGGCUGGUGCUGACUGUAGUGGAAAAAAUCACUCAGCCCUAAAAGCAAGACUUCCUCGUGUUUAUCACCAUGAAUCCAUUUAUGUGGAGCACCAUGGGGACUGAGAACUCUAAUAGCAAUUCUCAUUAUUGCCCUUUUUUUUUUUUUUUUUUUUUACUUUAAGCAAUUUAAUUUUCAAUUAUUUGUCUACCAAGCUUGACGCUGAUAUCAUUAAACAUAUAUUUAAAAAAAA